UUGUCUACCAUUUAAAAUCUGGCUCUUGCCUUUUGCUGAGAGCAGGAGGAGGCUGAAACAGCAGUGUAAAUGUCUGUUGGAUUAGAUGCUCUUGUCUGCAUUUCAUUACAGUUACAUUUUUAUUUUAUUUUUAUGAUGGUCAGGCAGUGAGGGCGGAAGGAAAUAAUGCAGUGUUAUACAAGCCCAUAAGGGGAUUAUUUUUGUUAAAUCACCCCCCAAAAAACUCUCUCUUUAUUACUAUACUACUAUUAUCUCUGCGCAGGGUUAGCUUUAUCUGUCCCAUUUGGAGAUUGGUGUCAGUCUUUUCAGAUACGCCUUUGUCCCCACCAGACACGCAGACACACAGCUUUAUAACUUAUAUGGAUUCCCCUUCCCACUCCAUAUAAACUACCUGCAGUCAUAAAUUGAAUGUUUAUUUCGGAAGGUGAGCGAGUCAAAAUCUGCUUUCUUUGUAGGCUACUGUAGGGGUUUCAUAUCACACUGGCAACAUCACUAAACUUUCGUUGAAGAUUUGCGAACUAUAACAGUUGAUUUCUGUAGUUACAAAUGCUAAUAUAUGCCAUUGUUACAAUGGCACGCGCCUAGUUUCGAAUUCGGUAGCGCGAGGAGUGUCCACUGCUGGUAAAACCGUUACUGUGGACUCAUUGAACUGUCAGCGAGGCAGUAACUUUUGCACAUAGACAGUUCCUGGGGACAAUAUUUGGAUUUUGAGACUCAUCUCCAAAUUAUGGCUGAGUUCUUUGGGAUGCUGGGCUCCACAUCUCAGUCUACACCCAAACCAAGAGACACCUCCACUUCCCAGGCCCAGGCUGAAGGACCCAGCUCUGACCUCGACAGCAGGGGGGAGAGUGGCUCGUUCGGCAGCCUGGACGAGAGCUACGAGCAGCAUGUGAGUGAUGAUUCCGGAAUCAGCGUCUGCAGAAGGGAGCUGGACGCCGAGCUGAAGGGCGGUGACUCCGCCUACUUCUCCGCCCUCAGCUCCAGGGUGGACCAGAUCGGGAGGAGGGCCCAGGACCUGGUGGAGAAGAUCAACAAGAGGCGGGCCACGGACCAGGAGGUCAUGCACGACUUCCAGGAGAAGCUGACCAAGAAGGUGAGUGAGGUGUGCCAGCAGGUGAAGGAGCAGAUGUUCAGCAGCUACGAGGCCAACGGGCGCCUGAUGGAGUCCAGGCUGCUGGAGCUGUCCGAGGUGCUGGGCAGGAGCAGCCAGCUCAUCGCCGACCUGCAGGGCGCCAGCCAAACCCUGGCCGCCAUCAACAAAGGUCUGUGCAAGACGCCCGAGCAGUGACCGCGCCCUCGGCCAGUCAGAGCACUAGGAGCACCCCCGUACCUGUAGCCGCACCCACAGCGCGACAGAGCAGCCGCUGACAUAUGCCAGGGUAAUAAAACCACUGCUUUAGAGAGGAGGAGGUUGGUGAGAGCUUGUGUUUAUUAAUAAAACAGCAGUUUAUUGGA